GAGGAGUCGUGCGUGCGCCUGUUGCCCACCGACACGUACGCGCGCUGCCACUCCGUCGAGAAUUCCUGCGCGGCAUUUCGAUCCAAGGUCUCCAGCUUCAACAAGUUAGUGAAAGAGCUUCUGGGCCAAGUGGGCGAGCGCGCGUCCAAGAUCGAGAAUGCGAAGCUGUGCGCGAUUGGGACGAGGAAUUUGGUGCGAGACGAGAUGGAAAAGCGGCCGCAGGAAUUGCAGGUCGUGAAAGAAGGGAUCGAUCGAAGGAAAGAAGAACUCGAGAGAUUGCGAGUGGAACAUCUUUCUCUCAUGGCUGUCAAGCAAGAACAAGAGGCAUUGCUGGCCAAGCUCUCGAGCGCAAGCCGGAAGUACUAAAUACCAGCACGCCACACGAGAGUUUCGUUUUUUUUUUUUUACGGUAGCAACAGAUCGAAACAGGGAAUCCAACAACUUUUAUGGGAAUCGAGAGGGCCUCUUUGCCAGGAAAGAUGAAAUCUUUCGGAAGCUUUGGAGAAGGGACGAUUGACACUGGGAAAAGUUUAUAAACAUCACCCUGGUUGACUUUAGUAGGGCACCAUUUGGAGAAGAGGCUCUUGGCUAUGGCGCUCUCGCAGUGGAAGUCUCGCCACGCUGAGCUCUACAACAGAGCCACAACUCAUCAUCCUUAUAUUGUAAGCAUCCGGAAUGGCUCUGUGGAUCUCAGCUGCUACAAACGAUGGCUGGGGCAAGACUACAUCUUUGUCAAGGCGUUCGUGCGUUUCAUUGGAAGCAUCUUGGCCAAAAUCCCGUCCAAUGCCAGUGACGAGACGCUCAUGACCUUGUUGUCCGGAGCUUCCGCGCUUCAUGACGAGCUCCAGUGGUUUCAGAAGGAGGCUUUGGUCUGGAAAAUUGGAUUGGAAGAUCUGCCUCCCAAGAAAACUACACAAGACUACUGCAGAUUUCUGGAGGAUAUGAGCCAACCAAGCGUCGACUAUGCCGUCGUCUUGUCCACCUUUUGGGCCAUUGAGCAUGUCUACUUCGAGAGCUUCGCGUUUUGCCUCGAACCAGGUUCUAAGACACCGCAUCAACUCGUGGAAGCUUGCGGGCGCUGGGGCAGUCCGAGCUUCGGCAGCUACUGCGAUUUGCUGAGAUCGAUUGCAGAGGCAGCAGUGGAGAGCACAGGAUCAAACGAGGUGAAGCAGCGCGGCGAAGAUGCAUUCGUUCGAGUACUGCAGCUAGAGAACGAGUUCUGGAACAUGAGCACCGACGUCUCGCAGGAAUAGGUACAACAGAAGGUCGUUUUCCGAGCACUGGAAUAAUGGCAGAAGAUCGCCCAAGAGCUCGAAGAAAAUAUUUGUUCUACGUAAGAAGAUCACCCAGAGUUUACGCA